CAGUUAGACUGCGAGCAAUCUGUGCCCGGCUGGAGGAGGAGGAGGAGGAGGUGGUAUGUGUGUGCGGGGACUCUGCAUGGAUCCAGAGGAUGACACUCACUGAUCGCUCCAGGGAAACACUGGCUGCAUGCUGACUGUUGUCUGCCAUGGUUGCAAUGUUGUGAAAAUCUGACAGCGAUUCCCUCCACCCCGCGGCCCAGCCUUCUUUUUUCUACUUGGUAACAAAAGCCCAGGAGCAUGGGAAGUCACGGUGGCAUCGGCAUAUGCUGACGGCAGUGGGCUCUCUGUACCUGAGCCCUGCACUAUGUAACAAUGCAGUGGGACUGACUGGUAGCACUACGGCCCCUCGGAGGAACUUAUACAUUUUUUAUUUAUUGCUUUUAUUUUUUUUUACACAAAGGAAUUUUUAACCCCAUAUAAUGGCAACGAUGGAAGCUGGAACAACCAUAACCAGUCGCUUGAAAAACCUGCUCCGCUCACCUUCGAUAAAGCUGCGAAGACACAAGCCAGGAGCUAAGAAGGAAGACAUUGGCAGCAAGGUGACAUUGGAGAAGGUCCUGGGUAUCACGGUGUCAGCUGGAAGAAGUCUCUCCUGUGACCCGAAGACCGGCCUUGUUGCAUAUCCAGCUGGGUGUGUUGUAGUGUUAUUAAAUCCCAGAAAGAACAAACAGUAUCAUAUUCUGAACAGUUCCAGGAAAACAAUCACUGCACUUGCGUUUUCCCCAGAUGGAAAAUUCUUGGUCACAGGAGAGAGCGGACACAUGCCAGCAGUACGGGUCUGGGAUGUGUCUGAAAGGACACAGGUGGCAGAACUUCAAGAACACAAGUAUGGGGUGGCCUGUGUGGCUUUCUCUCCCAGCUCCAAAUACAUUGUAUCAGUGGGAUACCAGCAUGACAUGAUUGUUAAUGUGUGGUCAUGGAAGAAAAAUGUGGUGGUGGCAGCCAAUAAGGUCUCUAGUAAAGUAACGGCGGUAUCAUUCUCGGAGGAUAGCAGCUACUUUGUUACUGCUGGAAACAGACAUGUCAAGUUCUGGUAUCUGGAUGAAGCAAAGUCAUCAAAGGUGAACUCUACCAUUCCACUGUUGGGGCGCUCUGGCUUGUUGGGUGAGCUCAGGAACAACUUCUUCACAGAUGUUGCAUGUGGAAAAGGCAAAAAAUCGAGCAGUACUUUUUGUAUAACAUCUUCUGGCCUUCUAUGUGAAUUCAAUGAUCGUCGAUUGCUGGACAAGUGGGUGGAGCUCAGGACCACCAUAGCCAGCUGCAUAUUGGUUAGCCAGGACUAUAUUUUCUGUGGGUGUGCAGAUGGAACGGUGCGCAUAUUCAACCCAAGCAACCUACACUUUCUUAGCACUAUGCCAAAGCCACACUGCCUGGGUGUAGAUAUUGCUACUAUCACUGAAGCCAGCCGCCUCUUCUCCAGCGCUGCAGAUGCCAAGUACCCGGACACUGUGGGAAUGACCUUUGACCCUGCCAACCAGUGGCUCUCUUGUGUGUACAAUGACCACAGUCUGUAUGUAUGGGAUAUUAAAGACUUGAAGAAAGUUGGGAAAGUCUACUCGGCCUUAUACCAUUCUUCUUGUGUGUGGAGCGUUGAGACAUACCCUGAAAUGAAGGAUAGUAACCAGGCCUGGUUACCACCCAACUCUUUCAUAACAUGUUCCUCUGAUAGUACCAUCCGUCUUUGGAAUAUGGAGACCUCAAACAUCCAUGGAACUGCAUUACAUCGAAAUAUCCUCAGCAAUGAUCUGAUGAAAAUCAUUCUGAUAGACAAUAAUACGCAGGCCUUGCUGGACACUGAUUGUAACACUGCUGGUCUGGCAGAUAAAGUGGACUCUCAAUUAUUAGACACCAAGAUUGGCAUUCGCUCUGUGUGUGUGAGUCCCAAUGGCCAGCACUUGGCAUCAGGGGACAGGACAGGUACUCUAAGGGUACAUGAACUCCAAUCUCUGUCAGAGCUGUUGAAAGUAGAAGCCCACGACUCCGAGAUUCUGUGUCUGGAGUACUCAAAGCCAGAGAUUGGAUUAAACCUCCUGGCUUCCGCCAGCCGAGACAGACUUAUCCACGUUUUAGACGCUUCUAGGGAUUACAGCCUCCAGCAAACCUUGGAUGAUCAUUCUUCAUCGAUCACUGCUGUGAAAUUUGCUGCCAACGAUGGCAAAGUACGAAUGAUCAGCUGUGGAGCCGAUAAGAGCAUUUAUUUCCGCACUGCUGAACAGACUGGAGAAGGGGCGAUCCAUUUCACUCGCACACACCACAUUGUACGUAAAACAACCUUGUAUGAUAUGGACGUAGAUCCUGGCCUGAAGUAUGCAGCCAUUGGCUGCCAGGACAGAAAUAUCAGGAUAUUUAACAUCAGCAGUGGGAAGCAGAAGAAGCUGUACAAAGGUUCACAGAGUGAAGACGGGACUCUUAUUAAAGUUCAGACUGACCCAUCUGGACUUUACAUUGCUACUAGUUGUUCAGACAAAAACUUAUCAAUCUAUGAUUUCUAUACCGGGGAAUGUGUGGCCACCAUGUUUGGACAUUCAGAGGUUGUGACUGGAAUGAAAUUCACCAAUGACUGCAAGCACCUUAUAUCUGUGUCUGGAGACAGCUGCGUUUUUAUUUGGCGCCUCAGCUCUGAGAUGACCAUCAAUAUGCGCCAAAGACUGCCUGAAAUGAGACAGCGUGGAAAGGUGGUAGAGAAAGCAACACCCAACAAAACAACUAAUGCACGGUAUGGGUCAGGAACUGGAAGAAGGGAGACCAUUGCGGUGAUGUGUCCAAUUCCUGCACUGUCAUCUGACAGUGACAAAGAAGGGAUUGAUGAAGGAAGCGAUGAGGAGAUCACAAAUUUGGAUAAGCCCCCAAAUAUUACUGACUCCUUUAAAAGAAGUGGAUCUUACUGGGAAAUGAAGAGGGAGAAGGAGGCUUGCAUUGCCCAGCGUUCAGACUCUCUUGAAAAGACACGCAGACAACGUGUCCGCUGGUCCCAGCCUGGAAACCUUGAAAUGACAGUGAAGUCGAUGCUCGAUCUCCGCCAGCUUGAGUCUUUCUCUCCAUCUGACGACCUCCUAGGACACCACGAGGAACAGGGGGCAAUGUUACUUGAUACAAAUGCACAGGACCCAUUUGUUCCUCAUUGUGGCCCUGCCCGUCCUCGUGUUAUUCGGUUAAUGUCAUGUGAGGAUGGAGUUUUCAAACAGGAAUUGGAUACACCAGAGGGCAAGGAAUGCGUCAUCUACCCUGAUACAGGGGAAGAGCAGGCUCUAGAUACUUGCAGUGAAUUUAGAAUAAGAGGUUUACCUCUUGAUGGAUAUGAUGAUGUACAAGAGAAGCACAGUCCAGAUAGUGCAUGUUCCGUGGAUUACAGUAGCAGCCGCCUGUCUAGCCCCGAUCACCCCAAUGAAGAUUCGGAAAGCACAGAGCCCCUGAGUGUAGAUGGGAACUCGUCAGAUCUAGAAGAGCAAGCAGAGGUUGAGGAGCUGGACACCCCCUGCCUGGUUUUAGAUGGUGAUAUCCCACAGACACCCGAUCAGGAAAUGUUCCUCAAACAGCACUUUGGAAAUCUGUCCACCAACAAUGGCCCAGAGGAACCAGUCUUGAAUUUGGUGAGAACAGAAAAUGCCAGCAUCUCAUCACGGUUUUUAGCUAUGACCCAGAUUCCAGCUGUCAGGAACCAGCCUGGAAUUUGUGCCACAGAAAUGUCUGAUCAGGAGAUCAGUCCAGAUUGUAAUAACCAGAACCCAUUUAUGUACACCACACAAGCCAAUGGAUCGGACAAUCAAGCAAGAAAUCGCAACAUAGCAGAUCAAGAAGAUUCCAGCCCUUUAAAACCAACCUAUCAGAGAAAGCGGAAACAGCCAGCAGAAGUCAAGAUGGGAAAAGUAGGGCCGUUUUCACCGGUGGUGUCCAACAUGAGGAAGACACAGUCUGUACAUGAUCUUGUGAAUGAAGUAAAAAUGCGUCCUCAAACUCAGACUGCAGCAGAAAAGGAGCAGAAAGCCAGUCAUCGUCGGACCUUGCCAGCUACACUGAUGAAAGUGGAGUGUCAACCUUCACCAUUCCAGGUCAAGGAUGUACUGAUGAAAGUGGAGUGUCAACCUUCACCAUUCCAGGUCAAGGAUGUAAAAUCAUCUAGAGGCAGGUCCUACAUGAACCCAACAACAAGUUCAAUGGCCAAGAUCUCCAGGAGUGUCUCUGUUGGAGAAAACUUAAACCUCGGGGACACACAAGAGCCAUCAGUUGGUUCAGAUGGAAAGCAAAUCCUUUGUGAAGCAGAUGUGGGCACUGUAUCUAACACAGAUGCUGAGAAGAACAACCCAGCAAUAAAGGACAAUGCAGCUUGUAAACCUCUUUUGCAGCCUAGUGCAAACAACACUUUACCAAAGACAUUUCAGUCAAAGAACCGGGCACAUUUGACUUUGGAUAUUGGAAAGCCUCUACCUGAUCGACCAUUGCUUUCUUUUAGUAGAAGCAGAAGCACAUUGGAUAUGGAGUCUCCAAGAUCACCGAGAUCACCAGGGUGUAGCUGGAAACCUAGAUUAUCUUUUACAGAAAUAGCUUGUCGUAAUGACAAUCAAGUUUCUGGAGGAAGUGAGCAAGGUCUGUUAGAAAGCCCUGUUUAUACGAAAGGGAGUCCUGAAGACGUCGGCCCCAUUAACACUAAGAUGAACCCAACUCAAGACAAAAUAGACUUCACCUCAGACAUCAUUAAACCUAUCACAAGAGGUAGAGCCUCUACUAUUGGCCACACUCCAGACAAUCAUUCAGGACUGUGUCCUGUUGAAACCAUUAGACCCAGAUCUCCCUCACUCAAUGCAGCAUCAACUCUGAACUCAGCACAACCAGUCAGCUUUCAGCAGUGUGAAAUAAUUGUUUCAGAAUUACAGGACAGCUUAAAGAGAGCCCUCAGUCUCUAUCGAUCGGUGAAAACCGCUGACCCUAAAACAACUCAGGACAGAUGCAAGAUGGCAGGUCUUCUGACGGAAACCUUUGGCAUUGUGAAGAGAGAGUUGGAUUCCUUGCAAGAGAGUCAAACGGAUAUAGGUGAAGGUUCGUCUCCACAACUCGAGGAGUACAGAGAAAACCUUGAACUUCAGGUGGAUGGUGACGCUUCAGCUGUUCAUGGCUCUCAGCACCUGGGGGAUGAUAAGACUCUUGCCCUGUUGCAGCAAUACUCAGAACUUUUACUGCAAGCAGUAGAGAAGAGGAUGGAUAAGAAACUCUAAGCUUCCUCUAGGUUGCAGAGUUUUGGGUCAGUGUUCAAGAAGGGCGUUCUGCAUCAAAUGCACUGCAAGCCAAAAAGCUUUUUUUUAAAGACUUUGAAACACUACCAUAAACUUUAAGGUGUACAUUUUGUCUUUUAAAUCCACAAAACCAGCAACCCGGGGGUUAAUGCUGGUAUGGAUCUGUUCCAGCAACCCCUUCAGACCAGCAGCACUUGAGGUCUUUAGUAAUGGUCCCAUUUUGGCUUGGGCCAGUUGUAUGUUCUGUUUCUGCUUCUAGUCACUUGCAGGUGUGCAGAACUUUUAAGGAUCAUUUUAACCCUGUUAUAAAAAAAAAUCCUUGAACUGAGUAUUAUAUUCUUUGCUUUAUAUAUUUUAAGUUAUUGAUUUAAAUGUUUUAUGUUUCAUAUGUUUUGCUCCCUCAAGAGUUUGUCUCGUGAUACUGUUUUAUUUCUUUUAUUUGUGUGUGGGCAGAAGCCAACCUUUUGUUACAACCUGUUUUGGCAAAGGAUCGUGGGAGGAGUUGCACAAGAUGUCUUCUUCUGCCUUAAACGACUGAUUGCCCACAGCGGAGGUGCCCAUUUUGUAGAAGACCAUGCUCCCCCAGACUGUUUUCAAUGUAGCAGUUAACCAGAAUGUCGCUGAUGGACAUAUUCUCAGGAUCUUCAAAAUGGCUGCCCGGCUGUGUGUCAACAGAUCACUAUGUGCUAUCGCUACAAUAUCAAUCACUUGGCUCAGGGAUCUUCAAACUACAGCCCUCUAGCUGUUGCUGAACUACAUGUCUUAUGAGGCAUUGUAAAAAAAACUGAUAUUCACAGACAUGACUAGGCAUGAUGGGAAUUGUAGUCUCAGAACAACUGGAGGGCCGUAGUUUGAAAACCCCUGACUUGGCUGAAAAGAGUUUACAUUGUUUACCAUUUUAAUGCUUCCCGUUUUCCCAUGUUGUGUUUUUUUUUUGUUAUAGCAGGCAUAGUAAAGUUAAAUUGAUUAACUUAACUGUGCAGUAAAAACCCUUAUGGCAAUAAUUGUAUUCUCUGUGACCUGUAUAGACAGGCCUACAAUUUCUUUUAGCUUUAGCCUGGGGCCUCUUCUUUUCUUUUUUUUUGUUCCCUUCUCAUUUUGUGACCUGACAGUUUACACAGUUCCAGCUACGGUUUGGUUCCAGUUUUAUUAAUUUUUUUCCAAUCUAAAACUAUUAUAAUUAACCUGUUCUGCUAAAAAUUUAAACUCUGCAUGUUUACACCUUAUUUUAAGGGUAUUUGCACAAAACAUCGAGGUGGAAGGUUAUUUCAAAGAAUGUAGGGGUUUAUAGGCUAUAUCAAAAAUGUCAUCCCCUGCUCAGGAUUCCAUAGGGUAAGUAAUAUUGAAGUUUUCUCUCCUUCUCUCUAUAAUAAGGGUUUUGUCUUUCCUGCUGUAUAUACAGCCACUUGAGAGGUUAAAAUCCAGCAAAGUGAUUUGGUGAGGCUUAUAUCGUACAAUUGCAUCCAUACUAUAGAUGGAUGCUAUAAUUCUGUUGGUCAAUCCCUCAUCUUUCCAGGAGCAGUAUCAGGAUGGACCCAGAAUCCUUUGCUGGCUUCCUGUGAAGUCAAAUGUCCUAAUUUGUU